GUCAGCGGCAGUGACGUUGUCAGUUGCUAAGCUGCGGAGGACCGUCAACAGGUCGUUAUCAUCCAGUCAACCGGUUUAACGGUUCAACCGUCACCUGGGCUCCGGUUCACAUGACCCACCGCAGCCGCCGCACUGAGGGAUUAUCUGCUCUGGAGGAAGAAGCUCAGAGCCGACAGUGAAUGAGAGGCUGAUGUCCGUCCUCAUGAACUAACCUCAGCGGUGGUCCGUUGUUCAGACAGAGCAGCCAGAGUGACCAGUGGGACCAGUGGGACCAGUGGGACCAGUAUGGCUGCUGCCAGCACCACCAAGAUCUCAUGGAGACUGAACGAGUUCGAGGCUCACUCCAAGAUGGUUUCCUGCCUGGCUCUGGCCAAACAUUCGGGCCGCCUGCUGGCCACCGGAGGAGAGGACUGCAGCGUCAACAUCUGGAGCAUCAGCAAGGCCAACUGCAUCAUGAGUCUGACGGGUCACAAGAACCCAGUCGAGUGUGUUGAGAUCAACUCGACCGACGAGCAGGUCGUCACCGGAUCUCAGUCCGGUUCGGUCCGAGUCUGGGACCUGGAGGCGGCCAAGAUUCUCAGGACUCUGAUGGGACACAGAACCAGCAUCACCAGUCUGAGCUGCCAUCCAUUUGGAGAAUACAUCGCCUCCAGCUCCAUGGACAUGAACAUCAAGCUGUGGGAUGUUCGGAGGAAAGGAUACGUCUUCAGUUUCUCUGGUCACACUGAGGCAGUGAGGAGUUUGGCCUUCAGUCCUGAUGGGAAGUGGUUGGCCUCAGCCGGCGACGACUGCUCUGUGAAGCUGUGGGACUUGGCUCAGGGGAAAGUCAUCAAAGAGUUCAGAUCUCACACUGCAGCCGUCCACACCGUCCAGUUCCACCCCAACGAGUACCUGCUGGCGUCCGGCGGCUCCGACAGGACCAUCAAGUUGUGGGAUCUGGAGAAGUUUACGAUGAUCGGAUCGUUGGAGGGAAACACGACUCCAGUCAGGUGCAUGUUGUUCAGUCCAGACGGCUGCUGCCUCUACAGCGGAGCUACAGAUUGUCUCCGGGUGUUUGGUUGGGAACCAGACCGCUGCUUCGACGUAGUGUCGGUGGGCUGGGAGAAGGUGUCCGACCUGGCCGUCUGCAACCAGCAGCUGAUUGCGGCGUCCCACCACCUGUCCACCGUCUCGUCCUACGUGGUCGACCUGAAGCGGGUGAAGAAGAGCGGCGGCUCCGUGAUCCAAGGAAUCAUCCAGGACAACCAGCCGCUCACAGAGCCCAAGGAUCCCAAAGGAGCCACGAUACGAAGGAGCUACGAGAGGCCGACGACCACCUGCAGCAGGUUGAAGCAGCGCUCGGAUGCUGAUAGGCGGAGCCCCGAAGGAGAGAGGCAGAGCCCCAGCGAGGAGGAAGCAGACGAGAAGCUGUCGUCAGCAGAGAUCCACAACGCAGAGGACUACAAGGAGAUCUUUCAGCCAAAGAACGCCAUCUCUCGUACUCCUCCCAGGAUACCAGAACCGUUCCCUGCUCCUCCAGAGGACGAGACUGUUCUGGCCAUUGGCCGUCAGCUGAAGGAUCUGAUGUCUCCGUUUCCUGACAAACUGCAGGCUGCUCAGCCGGUCACCUCCACUCCGGUCCAGAGGGUGGAACCCACCGUGGUCUCUAAUGUGAAGCGUCCUUCGGUAGUCGGACCCCCGUCCUCCAGCCAGAACCCCCCUCAGCCUCCGGUCAUCACGGCCAAACAGAAGCCACAGCAGAAGAUCAUCCUGAGCACCAGGAACGAACCCAUCGGCCUCAACGUGUCCGACUUCCUGCCUUCUCCAGCCAAUCACAGACCCGGAGCUCUGAGCGACGACGAAGCCGUGACGCAGAUCAAGAAGGGCCACGACACCAUGUGUGUGAUGCUGAGCAGCCGACACAAGAACCUGGAGACGGUCCGAGCUGUGUGGGUCCGAGAGGACGUCAAGAGCGCUCUGGAUGCUGCUGUCUCCAUCAACGACUUGUCCAUAGUGGUGGACGUCCUGAACAUCAUCAACCUGCAGCCGUGAGGGAACCACAGAGACGCACACUGAAACACACACACACACACACACACACACACACACACACACACACA